CAUCUCAACAAAAGACCCGAUCGAACAGCAGCGGGUAGCGACAAUGGCCUCUUCGUCGCGCCAGGCCACCGUGGGCGACAAGGUGGGCUCGCUGCUCUUCUGCCCCGCCUGCGGCUCGCUGCUCGAUGUGCCGUCGGACGAGGACGUGAUCAAGUGCGAGCCGUGCGGCCACGUGCAGGAUGCCUCGCUCUACGACAACCAGACAAUCAUCACGACGUCGCACCCCUCGGCGUUUCCCUCGGCCCUGCGGCGCGCGCGGCAGCUCGUGCAGACAAAGUCGCCCAGCGAGGCCCAAGCCGCCGCCCAGGAAGACGAAGCGACGAUCCGCGAAAAAUGCCCGGGUUGCGGCCACGACGAGAUGCGUUUUCACACGCUCCAGCUGCGCAGCGCCGAUGAGGGCAGCACCGUGUUCUACACGUGCCCCAAGUGCAACUACAACUUCAGCCAGAACAACUGAAGAGAGAGAAGUGCCACUGUAUUUGUACUUGUGUAUUGCUUGAUAAUGAAUCUACUACUACUGGC